AUGGCUGGUUCGCAUCCCUUUGCCGGAAUUUUUAUUUUCUUGGCGUUUUCCGCCUUGGUGCUGCCCAAGGCGGUGGUGCUCUGUGAAUUUCCGGCGACUCUGACUCUCUCAAGAGCUUUUCCGGCUAAUCAGAGAGUCGAAGAACUGAGUCAACUCAGAGCUCGUGACAUGUUAAGGCACGGUCGAAUUUUGCAGUCUUCAGGUCGUAUCGCGGAAUUUUCCCUCCUGGGCACCUAUAGUCCCUUCCUUGUUGGGCUUUAUUACACAAAAGUUCAAUUGGGAUCUCCUCCAAAAGAAUUCCAUGUUCAGAUUGACACUGGAAGUGAUGCCUUGUGGGUCAACUGCAAUGCCUGCAACAGUUGCCCCAUAUCUAGUGGACUCAAAAUUCCAAUCAAUUCCUUCAACCCUUCAAGCUCAUCUACAGCAUCAGUAAUCUCCUGUUUUGACAAAAGAUGUGCUCUUGGAGCUCAAUCCUCAGACGCUGGCUGUUCUAAGAAAAAGGAUCGGUGCAAUUACUCAUUCCAGUAUGGAGAUGGCAGUGGGACAUUGGGUUAUUAUGUAUCAGAUGAGCUGCAUUUCAACACAGUUGCUGGGAAUUCUUCGACUUCAAAUUCUUCGACUUCCAUUCUCUUUGGCUGUAGCACAACGCGGACUGGGGACCUGAUUAAGUCGGAUAGAGCAGUUGAUGGGAUCUUUGGGUUCGGGCAGCGGGGUUUAUCUGUCAUUUCACAACUUUACUCCAAGGGAAAUACCCCAUAUGUGUUCUCCCAUUGCUUGAAGGGAGAUAAUGAUGGUGGAGGUACAUUGGUUUUCGGUGAGAUCGUGGAUCCAAAUAUAGUUUAUAGUCCACUUGUCCCAUCACAGCCACAUUAUAAUUUGAAUCUGAAGAGCGUUGCUGUCAAUGGGAAGAUAUUGCCCGUUAAUCCAGCAGCAUUUGAGACAUCAAACAACCGGGGAACCAUAGUCGAUUCUGGGACAACUUUGGUAUACCUUGCAGAAGAAGCUUAUGAUCCUCUACUCAAUUCUAUUACAGGGAUUGUCUCUCGAUCAGCACACCUUUUUGUUGUCAAGGGAACUCAGUGUUUUCAAAUCACCUCCAGUGUCUCAGAGACAUUUCCUACAGUUAGUUUAAACUUCGCUGGUGGUGCAUCCAUGAGCUUGAAACCUCAGGACUACCUUAUACAGCAUAACUCCAAUGGUAGUUCUAGUGUGUGGUGCUUUGGCUUUCAGAAAAGUCAGCCUCAAGGACUAACAAUUUUAGGAGACCUUGUUCUCAAAGACAAGAUCAUAGUCUAUGAUCUGGCACGCCAAAGGAUCGGAUGGGCUAACUACAAUUGUUCAUCACCAGUGAAUGUAUCAGCAUCCAGGAGUGCCAGUAAAAGCGAACUUGUCAAUGCAAAUCAGAAUAGUGCUGGUAGCAGUUCAUCGCAAAGCACACUCUACACGCUGAUACCAAGCAUCAUAAUGGCUUUCCUCUUCCAUUUCCCAGUGUUUUGCAGUUCCUCAUUUUUGUAA